AUGCUCCCAGUAGACGACAUCAUCAGGAUAACUCUCCGCGAGACGGAUGGUGACGUAACGCCCGAGCAGCAGGCCGCCCUCCUCACACAAGUCCAGGAAGCCCUUCAACGCCCAGAGACGAUCCCCGCAUUCAGCAACGACUCGCGGCCGCUCACGCUUGUCCGCUUUCGCGCCCUCCUCCAGGACACUGGAUACCCUGCGGAGGUGUACCUUCCUCCUAACGCCGACGCAAAUGACUGGAGCCAGCUGCGCGAGCGCUGGGUCGGAUGGGCUGUCGAGAUUCCAGGCGAGCAAGAAUGGGUGAGGCACGCUCCUGGAGAGCUCUCUUCGGCUCUUUCUGGUCUGUCUCUGGAACCCAACCAUUCCGUGAUCAAGGACAAACACCCCACAGCCAAGGGGACAGAGUAUACCGGCGCCCUGCUGAAGGUGUACGACGACUUCUCUCCAUCCCCUGCAUCGACAUAUGCUGUCGUCGGACUCGUCUCAGCCGCUCCGAUGCCCACGUCGCUCGAUGACGACGAGCCCGCCCUCGCGCCAGCGAUCCACGCGCUUACACUAACUCCGAUCGGGAAUGCGCCGCGGCCCUCCUCCUCUGCUGUGCGUGCUGACCUCCUCGCCUACCUUGCCAGCGCGUUCUCUCCGCCCGACGAACACGCCGCCGAACUACUCCUCCUAUCACUCCUAGCCUCUCCAGCCGUGCGCCCGGCGGGCCACGCCCCGCUGGGCACGUUUGCGCUUAACCUUGUGCGCCCGCGACCAUCGUCCGAUCCCCUUCAUUCCCGGUUAGCAACCCUCGCGCCGGCAGCCAUACACAUCCCCCUCACUUUGCCCCUGCUGCAUGCCGAGCGAUUCCGGCCGAAGAGUGACGGAGCCUCCCUUGCUCCUGGGAUGCUCCAGCUAGCGCCCGGUACCCUCCUCCUCGUCGACGAAGACGGAUUGGGCGCCGGUGGCGCGCUCAGCGAGGUGGCACUGCGUAACCUCCAAGCCCUCAGGGAUGCAGUGGAACACCAGGCCGUCAACUACGAGUAUCCGUACAUGGACGGCGUGCGGAUUGAGUGCGCGCUCCGCGCAGUCGUCAGCGGCGAAGGCAAGAGCCUCCUUCCUUGCGACGCCGUGCUCCCCGUUUCCCUCACCGAGUCGGCUGAGGCGGCCAGCGAGGAGCAGCUCACGGCCUUCAGGCAGUACCUGGCCGAGCACGGAGGCGCAGAGCACGCCGCGGCGCUGACGAUCCCCGAAGCUGUUGCCACGGCGAUUCAGGACCUUUUUGUGGAGGAGCGUCGAGCUGGUCGCGGUACCGACGACGCAGAAGGUCGCCUCAAGCGGCGCAUGAAAAUCGCCCGCCUCCUCGCCCUCUCACAUCCUGAAGCGGAGCUCACGGAGGCGCUUUGGGCCCGUGCGCUCGUCCUCGACGACGAGAUUGAGCGGCGCGAGGCCGCGCGGGAGUCCGAGCGCCAGGACCGCAAGCUCGGCGCACCCAACGGCCACAGCCACGCCAACGGCCACUCACAAACCAACGGCCAUUAG